AUGCUUUUAGCAGAGGAGCCCGCGACGCUCAUCUCGCACACAAUCGACAACUUCAACAUCCAACCAGACAAGCAAGCCAUCGCGCGCAUCAAUGAGUCCCUCUCCACCCUCCAGCAGGCCCGCGAGCUACGCCUCCGCGAGGCAGAGAACGCCCUCAAAAAACUCUCCCGCCAACUAAACACAAUGUCCUCCCAACACGCCGAACUAACCGCAUCCCACUCCUCAACCGCCCACGCCUCGGAAAUAGCCCGCCUCGACACCACAAAAUUCCGCACCGCCAAAGCCGCAUCCGACGCCGAAAUGGAGGCAGAGCGCCUCGCCCAGCAGGCCGCCGACCUCAACGCCCGCCUCCAGGAGCUCGAGAUCCAGGGGCUCGACGGCUCCGCCGACGACCAGGCUCGCCGCCGCGACCCCGUCGACGACGAGGUCCUCUUGCGUCUCAAGGUCUACCGCAGCCUCGGCAUCGAGAUUGAGCGCGACGGAAAGGACGGGACGGGCGAGUUUACGCGCGCUGUGGUGAGAAAUGAUCGCAAGGGCGACGUGCAUGUCGUCAAUAUGGACAAAAAGUUUUCGAAAUUCUUUUACGCCAACUACUUCUGGCAGACUUUGUAA